UAAUUAUUUUCGAUUUUGCGACGAAGUUUCAUGACAUCCAAACGGUAUGUGAAUUUGACAUUUAAUUAAAUAGACCAACUACGAAGUCCACACUGCAUUCUUCCUCAUUCCUUCAUCCCUAAGCAAGCAAGGAACCCUCUUUUUAAGCUCUUCGUUUUCAUUCCCUUUCUCGCUCUCAAUCCUUUCAUUCCUCCGAACCCCGAAACUUUCCAACCUUCCUAACAACCCCAUCCCACCAAAAUGGCCCUAGAAUGGGUGGUGCUCGGGUACGCCGCCGGCGCCGAGGCCAUAAUGCUCCUCCUGCUAACCCUCCCACAACCCAUAAACCCUCUGCGGAAAGGUCUGAUAUCAGUGACCAAAGCCCUCCUAAAACCCUUCCUCUCAGUGGUUCCAUUUUGCCUGUUCCUGCUGAUGGACAUCUACUGGAAGUACGAGACUCGACCCACUUGCUCUUCCCACCACUGCUCUCCUUCCGACCACCUCCGCCACCAGAAAUCCAUGAUGAAGAGCCAGCGCAACGCCACCUUGAUUGCCGCUGCUUUGCUCUUCUACUGGUUGCUUUAUUCUGUCACCAAGCUCGUGGACCGAAUCGACGAGCUCGACCGACGGGUUCAGAAACUGAAGGAUGAGGAUUAAGCCUAUGUUUUUGUAGUAGAUUGACAUCUAUAUGUUGAUGUCUCCCUGAUGUUUUUGUAGGUUUAUGCCAUUGAAUUUCCUCUUUUAGCUUCUUCCUUCACUCUGUUUGUCUCCCCCCCAUGGAUCUAAUCGUUCUAGAUUAGAUAUUAUGAUUAUUCUCUUAAGAUUCCAAGAUCUGGUUGGGCAAUAGUUGAAGCAAGAUCUCAUGCCUUUACCCCA